AUGGCGGACGAUAGAUUGUGUAGGGUCUGCUGCAGUGAAGGCUCAGAGGAUGAACCUUUGUUUCAUCCUUGCAAAUGUUCGGGAACGAUUAAAUAUGUUCAUGAUAACUGUGGCUGCAUCAUAGCAGAAGAAAGGAUUGUGAGCUUUGCCGGACGCCUUUUCGGUUUACAAAAUGUGAGUGUUAAAAAGAGGCAUAGAGAGGGUGGGAUUGAUUGGGAGGCAGUAUAUGACCCGAAUAUGCCGAAAUCUAUUCCGAUUGUGCUUUUUCUGGUCCGUUUAUUUAGGCGGCUGAGGAGAUUAACGGUUCGAUGGUUUCGAACAGGACUUGCGCUGUUUUUGUGGCUUGGAUGGCUUCCAUGGGUUACACAGUGUGCAUGGAAGUUUUCUUUUAAGCUGGGAGAUAGUUUAGUGGUCAAACCGUUAUUUGCUGAUACAACACGGGACUCGCAAACGACAUGGUUGCAGUAUGUUUUAAGACGAGGAGAUAUUUCGCUUAGGAGUUUAUUUAAAUAUAAGACGAUCAAUAAAAUUAUGAUAGACGUUCUUGAAGGACAGCUUAUUACUGGUAUUAUUGUGAUUAUCUUUAUUAUUAUUUUGCUUUGCCGAGAAUGGGUUAUGGGUAUUAGUUUGAAUAAUGAUCAUCAUUUUGAAUCUGCGGGUUUUGAUAUAAAUUCAUAUACCGAUCCUUUGGGAGAACAGAGGAUGAUAGAGCAAACGUUAAAUGAAAUCCCCUCUGAUAAUAUUGAUGAUGAUGCUGAUCAGUCUGUUUCUGCAAAUGAGCAAGAUCAUGAGAGUUGCAUUGCUUCUGUUCAUUCUGAGGAAAUCCCUACUCACAUAGCUCGUCCAUUAAAAAUGACAUUUGGCCCUGAAGAACUGAAAUUAGAUGAUGAUGAUGAUGAUAUAGUUUUCAAUAAAAGAGAUGAGAUUUUUUUCGAAGGUUCAGAUGAUAAUUUGUCUCAAUCUACAUCGGGAUCUCCAGAUCUUAAAAUGAUUCAUCAAGGAAUGAGUCGGCAUCGAGAAACCUUGAUAGAGACAGGAUUGUCCAGGCCGAGGUAUACUGAUGAGCAAAACAGGGCGUCUUUCGAGGAUUCCUCUGCAUCUUUACAUAUGGAAUUUAUUAAUGUGCCUGUAGAGGAUGCACAUAUGGAUCGUCGUAACAUAAAUUUUGCAGGAGUUGCUGAGUCAUUAAGUCAGAAUGGCUCAGGAUAUGUUGCAACUCAAAAUGUUGUUCAAAGGGCUAGUGAUGGUUCUAUUGUUCGUGUUUUGUCAGCACGAAUGAGAAGUUUUUGGGGGUUUACAGAAGAAAAUAUAGAAAACAGAGAACAUGCUACUGAUGAGGCGGAUCAAGAGACGCUUUUGAAUAUGGAUAGAGCAAGUUCUGGAACUUCGAAUGCUAAUGUUAAUCAAGAAAAUGAUGAUUUACCGGAUGAGUUGGGGGAAAUUGACGGAAUUAUUGAAUUAUCUGGAAUUCGAGGACCUAUUGUGGGUCUUUUUCAGAAUUGUAUUGUGACGUCUAUUUUGAUCGCUAUAUUUCUCGGAUUAUUGGUACUUGUACCAUACGUUUUAGGGAAAUCUGUUAUUCUUAUUACUGUUCGAAUACCACAUUAUUUAAUACAGUUUCCAGAAAGUACAAUUCAAAAAAUUUUCUUGAGUAUCGUUGAUGCAGUUGUUUUUUUUAUCUUCCAAGAAUCUUUUAUAAAAAUUUUUAAGUCACAUGCUAUUAUGAAAUCUAUAGCCAAUAGUGCUCUGUCUAGAAUUAUGCAAAGAAUUACAUCUAUUUAUUUAUCAGGAUCAUCUUCUGCUUUAGAUAAAGAGGUUAUAUUUUACGUUUAUGGAGUAAAAAUUGUUAUUCCGCCUCGGAUAAUGACUCUUGGGACUAGAAAUACUGUUUUUGAUAGAACAGUAUCUAUUAUUAUUGGAUAUUGUAUCUUAAUAACUACUGGUGCAUUGUAUUUGAAGAAGCAUUCUUCUCUUAAAAGACGUUCACGACAAGGAGUGAUUCAUCGUGUAAUGAAUGAUACACUUCAACAAGCGAGUUUGAUUAUUAAGUUUGUUAUAAUUGUAGGAAUAGAAGUUAUUAUAUUUCCUAUUUAUUGUGGAAUACUUAUAGAUUUGUCGUUAUUGGAUUUAUUUGAAAAUGCUAGUAUUAAUACGAGAUUGGCAUUUACUAAUUCGAAUCCCUUUAUUAGUUAUUUUUUGCAUUGGUUUAUUGGUACUGCAUAUAUGUUUCAAUUUGCUUUAUUUGUGAAAAUGUGUCGUGAUAUUGUCCGUCCUGGAGUUUUAUUAUUUAAAGUUUUUAUUCAUGAUCCUAACGAUGCACAAUUUCAUCCAAUUAAAGAAAUUCUUGAGCGUCCUAUUAAACUUCAGUUACGGAAGAUAUUUACAAGCGGAAUUAUUUAUUCUUGCUUAAUAUGUUCAUGUUUUUUGAGUGUUGUUUAUUCUGCAAAAUAUUUUUUUCCGAAUCUUUUUCCUCUUCACUUAUCAAUUAAUACAUUUCUCUUUGGUAUUCCCUUUGAUAUAUUGGCUUUACAUAUUUUGAUCCCAUUAACUCUGAAACUAAUAAAGCCUGCUGUAAUAACAAAAGCUUUGUGGUUAUGGUGGCUCAAAACUAUAAGCGCUAAGCUUCGUCUUACUUCAUUUAUGUUUAAUGGCCGACAUCCUCAGGAGGAAGGAACAUACGUACGGAAGUCUCUUAUGGCAAAAUUGUUGAUAAAAAAACUUGAUGUUAGUGAUAAUUCUCAAGAAUCAUUGAAGAAUUUAGAUGUUGUUUUUGUUCGUAACGGUUCGUUUUUAAGAGUACCUUUUAAGGAUAAUAUUCCUCUUCAUAGAGAAUCGAUGUUUAUACCUGUUACGGAAGAUAAUGUGAGGUUAGAUAAGAAACAAGAUAAUGGAACAAAAGACAGUCCCAAUUUUACUGUAGUCUACGUUCCUCCGUCUUUUAUUAAGAGAAUAGUUGUAUUCUUGUUUUUGGUUUGGAUUUUUGCAUUUUUAAUAGGUGUUAUGUUAACUAUUCCUCCAUUAGUUGUUGGUCGGCAAAUUUUUGCAUUUUUGUUUUCUGGGCGCGAAUAUCAUGAUUUUUAUACAUAUAUUUUUGGAUGUUAUUUUCUUGGAAUCCUAAUUACAUCAUUAUUCUUUUUGUAUACUUACAAGAUUUCACUUAAGAAUAAUAUGAGAAGCUUUCUGGAAAAAUCAAAAUCAUUUAAAUCUGUAAUAUCAUGUUUGAAUAUAUGUUUUCUAAGGCUUUUAAAAGUGGGAUAUAUGAUUUUCGCUUUUAAAGUAUUUUUUCCUGUCUUAUUUGGUUUAAUUAUGGAUUAUUAUAUUAUUAUUCCAUUUAACACAUAUUUUUUUCCAGAAGAUGAUCCUGUAGUGCAUAUUUUUCAUGAUUGGGCAUUAGGGGUUCUGUAUACUUUGAUUAUUGGACAUUUAAUCAUGUUGAAUACAGAAUCCUUCUUAGCACGGUCAAUGACACAGAUUGUUCGUAAUGGGUAUAUGAAUCCAGAUAUUGUGCUUUCUACAAAAUCGUUUAUUAUUCCUUUUGGAUCAAUAAUGAUCGCUUCUUUAUUAGCCCCACUUGGUUUAGGCUAUAUCAUAUCAAAAUUACUAUAUCGUACUGCUACUUAUGAUACAAUAUCUUGUGUGUAUCGUUAUUCGUAUCCUUUAACACUUAUUGGGGUCUUAGUUAUAUUGGUUUUAAAAGGAUUUUGUAUAUUAUUGACUAAAUGCAAUCAAAGUAUUCGUGAUGAAGUGUAUCUUAUAGGAGAACAACUACAUAACUAUAAUUAA